AUGGUAGAUCCGGCCCUGAGUGAAGUACCGGAGUUACAUGAGCAGAACGCUCAGGCGUGGUCUGAUGUCGAAUACGACAUCCAGUCUGAACUAGUACCUAAUCUGUGGUACCUAUUUCAUCUUUCCAUUCACUUGUUGGCUUGUAGCCUUAUCGUAAAGUUGAUGGAUCCUUGGGGCUGUGAAGUGGAAUCUGCCGUCGUAGUAUCCAAGUUCGAGGACGACUUCACAGCAUCUCGCCAGGAUUUCGAGAAACUCUCCGACUCCGCAGAAUACCUUGCCGUUUUAGAGAGAAAACUGAAGGCAGUCAGAUCGAAGAAUAAAGUCGUCGAGAAUUUGUCCGCUUACAGAGCUGAUUGCAUCAAUCGGUUGAUGCGCGACGGGUGUGACCUGGACCCGGUGAUUGGUGACACAGAAGCUGAGAAAUUGUUACAGGACAAAGAAAAUUGA